UUGUCUUGCAACACUUGUUGGCGUGAAGAUAGCUAAGAGGGCGAAUAACGAAUAGCUACAAAGAAAGAAGCAAGUAUCUCUAUCGGAAGCAUAUAGAAUUUAGAAUUAUGAAUACAAGGAUCAUGUUGCAGUGCUGUAAAUGGAGAAGGAAAGCCGAGUUACACGUUGCUCAGUAGAACCUCCUUUUAAAGGCGUGACGAUAACAAAGGGACGUGAAAACUUGCUUCGACAUCAGUGAAUAGGCAGCACACAGUGACGACCGAGUGAGCUGCGAGGUUCAUUGCUGCGAUGUACAGUUAUUGCUUUGUUCUUGGAAUCUUUAGAAUUGGAGCGUAUGGCCUGUGAUACAGUUUACCCGAGCUCCAGGGGCUGUACUCCAAUCAAAGCUAACAAUAUGAAGACGAAGUGCAGGAUUUACUACACAGACCAGUAAAUGAGAGUCAAGUUCAAGUGCUUCAAAUCAAAGGUUCUGUUUCAGAGUUCUUAUAAGAAUCGAAGUCCUUAUGUAGGUUGUAUAUCGCUUUGUGGCGAAAGGGAUGUAAAAGAAAACACGACAAUCCAGUGGAAUCCAAAAUAACUGCAAGGGAGGAGCGUGGAAGACAUAUAGCUAAAAGCCCAAACAACAUUGCAAAACUGACGGACAGUUGAAGAUUUCCUCUGUACUGUUCCAGUCACAGCCCCAAGAGUCUAGGGGGGAGGGGGACAUAUCUGGGUAAGAAUGCAUGCGUUCUUGCAGGUCUCUCCCCAUGGAUAUAGACACAGACUAUGAGCGGCCAAAUGUCGAGACCAUAAAGUGUGUGGUGGUGGGAGACAACGCAGUGGGCAAGACACGCUUGAUCUGUGCACGGGCCUGCAAUGCCACGCUGACGCAGUACCAGCUGCUCGCUACCCAUGUGCCCACUGUCUGGGCCAUCGAUCAAUAUCGUGUCUGCCAGGAGGUCCUCGAGCGAUCACGGGAUGUGGUGGAUGACGUCAGCAUCUCGCUGCGUCUCUGGGACACCUUCGGAGAUCAUCACAAAGACAGGCGUUUUGCUUACGGCAGGUCUGACGUGGUGGUCCUGUGUUUCUCUCUGGCGAACCCCAACUCCCUGCGCCAUGUCCGUACCAUGUGGUUUCCCGAGAUCAAGCACUUCUGUCCUCGCACCCCCAUCGUUCUCGUGGGCUGCCAGCUGGACCUGCGCUACGCUGAUCUUGAGGCUGUCAAUCGUGCACGUCGACCCCUAGCCAAGCCCAUAAAACCCACAGAUAUCCUGCCUCCUGAGCGAGGCCAUGAAGUCGCCAAGGAGCUGGGUGUGCCGUACUAUGAAACCAGCAUUGUCGCCCAGUUCGGGGUGAAGGAUGUUUUUGAUAAUGCUAUCCGCGCCGCCCUCAUCUCCCGCCGCCACUUGCAGUUCUGGAAGUCCCACCUAAGGAGGGUUCAACGACCCCUUCUCCAGGCCCCCUUCUUGCCCCCAUGUCCCCCGCGACCCAUUGUGGCUAUACCAGAUCCUCCAGCCAUGGACAGGGAGGGGCCAGGUUCCCUCUUCUGUCAGGCUCUCUGUGCGGAUGUUUUAUUCCUGCUGCGAGGUGGCUCCACCCAGGUUUUUGCUCACAAAGUAUACCUGGCCACUUCUUGUUCGAAAUUUUACGAUCUUUUCACUUUGGACCUCAAGGCAACUGUGGAAGGUGGGGACGUGGAGGAACCCCUGGUUGGAGGUGAAGAAGAAGAGCAGAACAGCUGCACAAAGAGCUUGGACACCAGUAAAGAUAGGGAGGGAAGCUCUGCUGGCGUUAGACAGUCCCUGUUGCUGGAACACGAUUCACUGAGGACUUUCCAGAGUAGCAAUCCCCUCCCUGCAAGGAGCGAAGGGGCAGUAGGGGCGGGGCGGACCCUGGCAGGCUGGGGGCGUGGCUUCCUCAGCAUGCACCUGGAGUAUGUGCAGGAUCCCAUAACUCAUCAGCCUAAACUCAUGACUGUGGUAUCCAUGGAUGGUCUCAUUCAAGACGGCCCCUUCCAGGCAGUGCUGCAGUACCUGUACACUGGCAGCUUAGACGAGAGUAGAGAAGACCUGAUGCAAGUGGCCACCAUUGCGGAGCUUCUCGAGGUGUUUGACCUGCGUAUGAUGGUGGCUAAUGUGCUAAACCGCGAAAGCUUCAUGAACCAGGAGAUCACCAAGGCCUUCCACGUGAGACGGGCUAACCGGAUCAAAGAGUGCCUCAGCAAAGGCACGUUUGCUGAUGUAGUGUUCCAAUUGGACGAUGGCUACCUCCCUGCCCACAAGCCAUUGCUGAUUUCCAGCUGCGCCUGGAUGGAAGCCAUGUUCCGGGGCGCCUUCAAGGAGAGCUAUAUUGAGGAGGUGGCUAUCCCCAAAACUACUUCUGCCUGUAUGCAAGCUGUCCUGGAGUACCUAUACUGUGGCAUGCUGACAUCCAGCCCUGACCUGCAGCCCACUGAUCUCAUUGUGUUGGCCAACCGCCUCUGUUUACCUCGUCUUGUGGCCCUCACAGAACAACAUGCUGUGGAGGAGUUGUUGCAGUUCACUCUGAAAGGGCUGGACAUCGAUGGACAGGUGCUGGCAUACCUGGAGAUGGCUCAAUUUCACAAUGCAAAACAACUCUCUGCAUGGUGUCUGCACCAUAUCUGCACCAAUUACAACAGUGUAUGCCGCAAGUUCCCUAAGGAAAUGAAGGCCAUGUUUCCAGAGAACCAGGAACACUUUGAGAAGCAUCGUUGGCCCCCUGUUUGGUUUCUAAAGGAGGAAGACCGUUACCUACGCACCAAGAAGGACCGGGAGUGUGAGGAGGAGAACUUACGCAAGCAGCACACGAAACAGGGAUGGUGUUUCUGGAGGUGUUUGUCUACCCCAGCACCUCAGAUCUCCCAGUCUGCCCAACUCCCAUAAUAGUUCAUGUAAUUCUCUCCUACUCCACUGCACUGGACGCAAUGAAGUCCAGAGCUGUAGAUCUCCAUUGUACAUGCGAUGCCUCACCUGACCCAGAGAGAUAGCAGGUCAGCUUGAGUUGCUGCUGUUGACGUACGUUUGUGAUCUUAUUACUGCUUCUCACAGCCACUCGGCAAGGAAGGGAAUGCAUGGCUCCCACCAGCUGCCACCACAGUUUGAGAGAGGGAUCACUGUGGUAAAUCAUAGUGCAAAUCGUAAUGCUCUAAGAUGCUUCAGAGGAUUUAAGGUGCUUAUACAGCACAUGUAUGUGUAAACUAACCGGUCCCAUAUAUGCUAGAUUGAAGCAGGAAAAGGUAGAAGAUAUUAUUAGCCUGUCGUCAUGACUUUGUCAUGAACUUGUUUGUGGGAAAUUAACAACAGAACCAACCAAGAAAGAGCAUCUUGGUUAAGAAAUUUCACUAUUCUUCUCGACUCCCUUUUGAGAUUUUACAUUUUCAUUCUUUUUUUAAUUUUGAAUUGCUUUUCAGCCUUAGAUUUCUCAUCCUAAGGGAGGCUGACUAUAGACUCAGGAAAGCAGUUGCUAAGACUGUUACCAUGAACAGGCUGUUGGGGGCAGCUUCAGGUAGGCGAGAGGAUGUGGAGCAUAAUUUGUAUCAAACAUUUAAUGGUGCCAGAACAAAUAUUCUAGUAGGUGGCACAUUUGGUAAAUCACAGGGUUAAACUACAUGACCAAAGUAAAUAUAAAAAAAAAAAAUACACAAGUACCUCUUGAAAAUACGUAAUUGUAAUAGUCAUGGUUUGCUCCAUUAUAGGUGAACAAUCUUGCUACAUGUGUAGCUUUUAAAUGCAACUGAAUUUAAAGGACUAAUGCACUGAUCAGAGUCUUUCUGUCAGUGUCAAUAAGCACUGCCUUGAUUCGUCCAUGAUUUCAUCUUUAUAAUAUUUGGUAUACUGGUAAUAUAAAAGAACAAUGUGUUAAUAUGACGUACAUAUAGAUACUAUUUUGCUUACAAUCAAAAAUUACUCGAACUAAAGUUUAAUAUGGCAUUUUAGUAUUACAAGAAUUUAAAUAAGUAGUGGUCAAGUUUGUUAAACCCUUUACCACAGUUUUUUUUUUGUUAAUCUCUUGUUUGUAUGAAGCUGGUCCCAUGGCAGCCUCUAGAAUUUUGCUCCUGAGCCCGAACCUGUCUGGAGUUUAUACCACAGGACUGUUCCAAUUUAACUUCUCUACUCUGAAGUAAUCUACUGCAGAGAAACUUUUCAUACUUGUAUAACGAUUCUUCAAAACUUCUUUGGAUGUUUUUCUUUUUUUUGCAAAAAUUUGUAAAAAGAAAACCAAUUAAGCUACAAACUGAAAUAUUUAUACUUUGCAAUGAAUGACAUCUCUAAUUAUUCUUAGUCUUUUUUUCCUUUAAUGUACAGCUUUCGUAUGCUGUUCUCUGGGUACCAAAAACUGUGAAAUCUCUUAAGCACAAUGUUACAGUGCACUCUUCCUCUUCUAGUCCCCUUUCUCCUCUUGUUUGCAAAUAAGAGAUGAGGUGCUAAGGAAGCAGACGGCAAAUGUGGGUCACUGUUUAAAUGUUGAAAUGCAAACCUACAUGGCAGGAAGGUAAUGAACAGCUGCUUUGGCAUUUUGUGAUAAAUGUGUCCAGCUCUGACACUGCAGUGCUUCAAGGUUUGCCAAAAGAUGUCCUCUGCUCAACUGGGAUCUCUGCAGAUUUUCUACAUUUCCCACCUUUUAUUGAUCUCUUAAUGUAUCGGGAUCUUUAGGCUGUAUUGUCCUUCUGUGAUUUUCUUGUGAAUAUUUUAGUGCUUCAUAAUUCAGCAGUAUUUUUAUAAGUAACAGAACUUUGUAGGGCUUGGGGGAAGCAUAUUAUUGAUUAUUCUAGUUCUGAUUAGAGUAAAAGUAAAAAUGCAUUUUCAUGAUACCCUUUAUUAAAUAGAUUAGGCUAAUGUGAGUUUUUGCUGAUUGGAACUUAAUAUCUGUAAAUGGAUAUCUGAGUUUUUAUUGGUUUUUGUUGGCAUUUGGAGGAAAGCCUCUUUGGAAUAUAUACACUAUACUACCAAAAGUAUUGGGACAUCUGCCUUUAAACACACAUGAAGUUUAAUGACAUCCCAUUCUUAAUACAUAGGCUUUAAUAUGGAGUUGGCUCACCCUUUGCAGCCAUAACAGCUUCAACUCUUCUAGGAAGGCUGUCCACAAGGUUUAGGAGUAUGUUUGUGGGCAUUUUUGACCCAUACUUCCAGAAGAGCAUUUAUGAGGUCAAGCACUGAUGUUGAAUGUUGAGGCCUGAUUCACAAUCUCCAUCCCAAAGGUGUUUGAUGGGGUGGAAUUCAGAGCUGUGUGUGGGCUGGUCAAAUUCUUCCACACCAAACUCUUUAAGAACCUUGCUUUGUGCACUGGGGCACAAUCAUGCUGGAACAGACAGGGGUCUUCCCCAAAAUGUUCCCACAAUAUUGGAAGCAUAGAAUUGUCCAAAAUGUCUUGGUAUGCUGAAGCAUUAAGAGUUCCCUUAACUGGAACUAAGGGGCCAAGCCCAACCCCUGAAAAACAACCCCACACCAUAAUCCCCCCUCCACCAAACUUUACUCCUGGCACAAUGCAGUAAGCCAAAUACCGUUCUCCUGGCAACCAGAAAACCCAGACUCAUCCAUCGGAUUGCCGGACAGAGAAGUGUGAUCCGUCACCCCAGAGAACACGUCUCCACUGCUCUAGAGUCCAGAGGCAGCGUGCUUUACACCACUGCAUCCGUCGUUUUGCAUUGUACUUGGUGAUAUAAGGCUUGGAUGCAGCUGCUCGGCCAUGGAAACCCAUUCCAUGAAGUUCUCUAUGCACUGUUCUUGAGCUAAUCUGAAGCCCACACGAAGUUUGGAGGUCUGUAGCUAUUGACUCUGCAGACAGUUGGCGACUUCUGCACUCUGUGUGCCUCAGCAUGCGCUGUCCCCGCUCUGUGAUUUUACGUGACCUACCGUUGCUGUUGUUUCUAAUUGCUUCCACUUUGUUAUAAUACCAUUAAUUGUUGACCGUGGAUUAUUUAUCAGCGAGGAAAUUUCAUGAAUAGACUUAUUGCACAGGUGGCAUCCUAUCACAGUACCAUGCUUGAAUUCACUGAGAUCCUGAGAGCGACCCAUUCUUUCGUAAAUGUUUGCAGAAGCAGUCUGCAGGCCUAGGUGCUUGAUUUUAUACACCUGUGACUAUGGAAAUGAUUGGAACACCGGAAGUCAAUGAUUUCGAUGGGUGUCCUAAUACAUUUGGCAAUAUAGUGUAUUUAUAUCAUAUCCCAGCAGAGGUGCCGCUGGUUUCAUUCCGGUUCUCUGGUUUCCUCCACAGUCCAAAAACAUUUUAAGGUGAAUUGCAGUUACCUCAUUGUACGUGUGAAUGUGUGUAUGAAUGGUGUGUGAUGGGUCGGCGCCCCAUCCUGGGUCAUUACCUGCCUUGCGCCUAUAGCUUCCUGGACAGGUUCAGGACCUUCCCGACCCUGCAUAGGACAAGUGCGACAGAAAAUAGAUGGAUGGAUUUUAUUCCAGUGCAGUAUUGAGUCUGAAAUCUAAAUCAUUUGAGAUAAAGAAUGAAUGAGAAAUACCUUUGGAAUUGAAUAUUGGCAUUAAAUAUGCAGAAUGAAAUAUGUUACUUCUUUGACAUUACUAAUGGUGUUUAGCUAUUUAUAAUUAAUCAUAAUUAUAUAAUUGUGUGUGUGCGUGCGCCUGCCUCUCUCUCUAUAUAUAUACACACACACACACACACACACACACACUAAACUACAUGGGGGUUUUAUGGGGAUGAUGCCAGCAUAAUAGACACAAUCACAAUGUGAAAUAGACCUGGUAUGUGGAAUUGGAAUUUUUAUUUAAGCUGUUAUUUUUUCAGCUGUGAAAUUUCGUGUGGUUUAAGAACUUUUUUUAACACAGUUUACAUUUCCAAAUCUUAUGCCAUUUCAUUUGCGAUUUGAGCCAACUACCUGCAAUGACCAAAAUAGACAGUGAAUACUCCCACCCUGAGCGUGCUUGCCCACCGAGGCCCUCUCCUGGUCACAUUUCACACCUGCCUCUGCUGGUCAUGUACUUAAGUGUCUUGCCCUUGCCUUAAGCUCACCCCCCCCCCCAAACACACACACACAAACACAUAUUUUUUUAUCACUGUUAAACGUCAAAUGGCUAUUGUUAAGAUGGAUUUUUUUUCUGCUUUUGGGAAAAAAAAAAAAUCAUCAUUUGCUCAAUGCAACACGUACAAUGUAAAUACACAUCAUUUUAAGCUGUGUUUGCAGCUUGGAUUGGCAGUGAUUAGCCACUGAUAGAUGUUUUUGAUUAGAAACAGCAAGGUAUUAUGGUAGUUGUUGCAGCUUCUGUUUUAGUCAUUUAUACCAGGAACCUAAAGCACUUGUCAGUCUGACUCACUACAUGUAGCCUGUAUUUCAUGCCUGGAGUUUUAUUUAGGGAAUAAAGACAGCUUUGGUAUUUUGAUUGCGGUUUUCUAUCCAUUUUGUAUGUUAAAUGCAUAGAAUUUUAUAGCACUACCCCUGUGUUUGUCAGUGUCCUUGAAGCCUCCUCCUCCUCUUCUCUCCUUGAUAUGUAACCUGUCUUCCUGGAACUGUGACCCGUACAAAUUUCUUUUCAGGAUCUUUGCAAGCACUUUAGUGUACAUGAAACAGGAACGUCUUUUAACUUUUGUUUUUUAGCUUAAAAAAACGUAACUAGGUGUUUCGCUUGCCAGUUCGAUGUUGGGCUUCUCUGAUAACGGCGCAUGUAUAUAAUGACAGGAUAGGUAUAUUGUAGUGGAUUUUGCAUAUUGUAAUGCAUGAAGGUAUUUCUGAAUUUAAAUGAUUUGAGGAAAUUGUGUAUCUGGUUCACUUGUCUGUUCAUCUAUUUCUUAGGUGGAAAGUCAGGCUUUCAGAGUUUUUUACUAUAAAACAACAAUAAUGUCUGAGAGUACUUUAGUCUUCCAGUCGCUAAACAGGCUGCAUCUAGAAUGUUUAAGUGCUGUUGCACUGAAAAUGGUGCUUUGAAUUGUUUAUGUGUACCUUCAUAUGGUGUUCCCCCUUGUGCAAACAGAGUAAUUGAAAGUGCCUUGUGUUUUCUGUCAGCCCCACUUUGGUUGUGUGCCUUUAAUCUCACAUCUGUGCUGUUUCAACAUGAGGUGAUUCUUUUACCUGGUCGCUUGGUUGGUUAUAGGCCAGCAAACCCUGACAAACGGCUGUUCAUUGCCUGUUAUUUCUCUUGAAUCAUUGUUCCAAUCAUUUCUGAUGAUAUUUAGCCUCUGCCGUCUUGGUGAUAUUGGGUCUGAGACGUUUGAAUUUAUGUGGGAUUUUUUGCGCAUGCAAAGAAAAGGCAACAUUGAUGUAUGGGACUGUAUUUACAUAUGUAUUUAGAUUCAGAAUGUAAUUAAAACAAACAAUUGAAUUAGUUAUAUUAGCCCCGCCUUAUUUAUGGCACCUCAGUGUUUUAUGAACUAUUGUGUAACUUCAUUUUUCUCCUUGAAGAUAACAGUAAUUUUGAUUUAUCAAGUUCUGUAUGCUUAGUUUUUGAGAAAUUUGUAUGUAUAACCAAACGGACUCUUGGAAUUUUAAAUCCUUUUCGCAACCAGCAAGCUUGACUAGGUGCCUAAUACUUAUGAUAACUUGAAAAACUUUCAAGAUUUUCAAUGGUCUGACCUGAGUCAGUCACAACCAGCCCUCAGAUGCUGCCUACAAUUAAACCAAACCAUGAAUUCAAUUGUGACCAGAUGCAUAUGCGCUGUUUCUGACAUCUAUUAAGGUGCACGUUUCACAAAAGCUUUCACUGCUUCAUAACAGGUUUGUUUGGGACUCGGGGGGGGGGGGGGGGGGGGGGGGGGGGGUACCUGAGGAAAGGCUUUGCAUUGAAUGGCUUUUCGUUUUGAUACAUAUUUGUCUGAGUGUAACUUUUACAGACGAAUGCACUUUUGUCUUUGGUCUAAGUCUACUUUAGUGAGAAGUAGUGUUUGUAUUAAUAACCAUUUAUAGCUUCAGAGUGUAACAUUUUUAAUCCUACAGAAAUGCAAGGGCUUUUUCAACACAACUAUCAGAAUGUUUGCUGCUGUUGUGCAAAAUAAUCAAAACUUUUUUUUUUGUAAUAUUGUUGAACCACUGUGAUUUGUACAAAACAGACAAACAUUUUUUCUGGUUCAGUAUUUUACUGUUUGAAUUAAAUAAAACUUGGCCCAAUUCUUUGCCUAA